AUGAACAAUGCAGGUAUCCGCAACUGGUCUGCUGGUAGUCUCGACUUCCCUCCGCGCGCCGGAGACAUGGGGGGGCCGUCGCCUCGUCAAGACCUGAUGCGGGAUAAACAACGGCGGUCCGUGAUGGGCAUAAUGCGCCGCGAAUCUGCCGGCGUGAGUGCAACACAAUCGGAGAACUGGGCCAGUGGUUCCGCUCGUGAAAGCGCGGCAACGUUGACGAAAUGGGAUCAACUGAACCUCGUACCAGACCUCCUUCGUUCGCUUAGCAAAUUCGGCGUGGGGCCUCCGAACAAGAUACAACAACGCGCGCUUCCCUUCCUUUUGAAGGGCGCUGAUAUCAUCGCUCAGGCGCCUCCUACUCAGGAAAGAAUUGCCGCAUACGUGAUCCCCGCAAUUCAGAUCGUUCUGACUCAUAUCAACAAUCGCAAUGCGAACGUUGGCCCCACGGUUGUCAUGAUAUCUACCACAGUGGACCAAGCGACUCAAGCUCAAAGGAUGAUUAGGGACCUGGGUGGCCCAAUCGGUGUCCGGUCAGCGCUCGGUGUGGGUGUGGCAUCCGCUAGUAACGACCUGGGGCCCGAAUUACGCCUACUUCAGCAAAAUUCGCCCCACAUUAUUUGUGGGACUCCACAGAAGUUACACGCGCUGUUCACUGCCCCUGGAGGACUCAAUGGAUCGCAAGUGCGGUUCCUCGUGCUUGAUGAAGUAGAUCAGCUCAUCGCCCGCAAUCUUCACGACUUCGUCCUUAAUAUUGUCAAGGGAUUCCCACCCCCGCGUUCAAGAUCACUCACCAGCAUUGGUGGUCCAGGGAACUCGUCAUCCCCCGUGUCUCAGAGCCCAUACACUCAAUCGUCGUCGUCGUCCGAUUCGGUUAGCGCAAACCUGAACACACCUCUUCAGGCCCAGGUCCGCAGGCUUUCCGGGUUUGGAUCUCCAGCAGACGACUCCGCCACAGGGGCCAGCUCGCAGAUCGAGAGACAAAGCGCUCUUUUCUCGAAUACGGUGCCGCAGGACGUUCUCAACCUUGCCCAAACCAUCCAAUUACGGGAGCCUGUCCGGGUUCUGGUUAGACGCGAUGGCAAUGUCACGCAUGCUGACACUAGUCAGGGCGCCCGAGGCUUGCGCCAGUUCUACCUUUAUCUUGCUUUCACAGCGGGUGGCCGUCCAGAACCUCUACCCAGUGCUCCAAGUGGCGGAUUAGGCAUCAUCGGGUCCGGACGUGGGACUUCCAGCGCAGAAACUGCGCAGGCAAGGGAGUGGAAACUGGAAGCAUUGGCCGACCUCUUUGAUGAUAUAGACGUUCAUCACGCGAUCAUACAUGUUGGCGGUAUGACUUCCCUUGAUACCGUGGUGUACAAGCUCGCGAGCAAGGGGCUGGAAGCCAUCCCGUUGCAUGGUGAUAUGAAUGCCAGUGCCAAGCUGGCUGCGCUGAACAAAUUCAGAGGCCCUCCGGCUGUCGUCAUGAGGCAGUUGGCUGCCAAGGUUCUGGUCGUGUAUGACGUCCAAGUGAAGACCACCGAGGUGUCUCAAAUUCCUUUGAUUAUCAACUACGACCUACCGAAAGCCGUUGAGGAGUACGCGCAUCGUGUCGCUCCCGCUGUUGCAACCAGCUACGCGCGAGCUGGCGUCGUGGUCAAUUUCGUGACUGCCACAGGUGGAGAUGUGGAGAUGCUUCGCUCCAUAGAAUGUUUUUACAAGAUCAAAUGCCCCGAAGUCCCCAUGAGCUUACGUGACAUCAUUUGA